GCCAGUCUGGAGGUGUGACGUCAUUUACACAGCAGAAGAAGAACUCCCCACGUUACGGCAGCAUGGCUCCAGGAGGGAAGAUAAACCGACCGAAGACCGAACUGGCCGACAACCUCUUCAAGCGGCGCCGCGUGCUGAGCCGAGAGAAGAGGAAGAGACAUCUGAUCGUGGGCGCCGUGGUGGACGAGGGGCUGAUCACCACCCACCACCUGAAGAAGAGGACGUCGAGCCAGCGAGCGAACAUCACGCUGUCUGGGAAGAAGAAACGGAAACUGAUGAAACAGCUUCAGCACAUGAAGCAGGACAAGGAGAGGACGGGAGCCGUGGAGAACACUCUCUCAGGUGGGCUGGAGGAUGAACACAAAGAUAUGAGGAGGUGGACAAGACGUGCUGUCGCCUGAGACCCAGACGACCAGCCUCUGAACCGGUCUGACUCUGACCCUCAUCAGAUGAAUGGGAUGGCAAUGGAGAUUAUUUAUAGAGUGAAAUCUGGUUUACACAAUGAAACAAAUGGCACGAACAACAUCGCUGAAUUUGCUGAGCUGACAUAAAGCCACAUUAAGAGGGGAGGCAAACACGACCUCUGCCUCAAUGGAGGGGGCUGACAAUGGAAGAUUCUGUAGCUAAGCUAGCGUAGCUAUAUGCUAAGUUUAAUAAUGGAUUAAAAAUCGAUAUGCUCAGUUUAAUAAUGGGUUCACACGAGAACGCGAACGUUUGCUGAUAACACACGCCCUCCGAUCAUUAACACCGUUCCGAUCAAACAUUUCUCAAAACUGGACUUUCAAUCCAAACGUGAAGUGAUAAUGGGACCAAUGCGGAGCUCAAAUGUGUGCUUCAAACGAAGGACAGAAGAUAACUUGAUCGACUCCACACAAUAAAGACAAAUGGCUUCACACAGCGA